AUGGCUCAUAAACUCAUUAACUGUGACUCAUUCAUCCAUCACACGGGAAUGGAGAAAAACAAUAUGUCGCCAAGACAUUUACGAUACUGUGCCGAGUCGUCAACAUGUGACGACAGACCGCCAACGUUAAUGGCAAAACUUCGACACUUGUGGAAUAAAAUAUUUUUCGGUGUUAUACGUGUCAUGAUUUUUUGUGAUCAAGUGACGUUGUUGGCACCAUUUGUUGUGGAGCGCCGUAAAAGUCCGACCGGCACAUCACGAUUGCAUUUUCGUACUCAUCGCGCGUUUACGGGUGUAGCGGUUAGCUUUUGUGUGGGUCUAAUAUUGGUAACACCAUUUUUGGCAAAAAUAAUACCCGAUCUAUAUGACACAUCGCGCAGCAAUCAAGAUACGCUUUUCAAGAGGAUUGCUCAGUUUACAAUGUUGGCGGAUGUGGUGGGAACUUUGUUGAUAAUGUCGGCGCAGAUUUGGCAUCGCAAUAAGUUGGUGGAGAUUUUAAAUUCUUUUGUGGAUAUUACGGAGAAGAUUCGUUUUUAUGAUGUGGAUUUUAUUAGUUUCAAAACAUUUCUGGCACUGAUGGUAAAAGUGGGUCUCACCUGUUAUGAUCUGUUGAUGUGUCUGCCGUUUUUGUUUACGGGAGCCUCCCGAUUAUCGGGUACGAAUAUUUGUGCCUUUGUGGCCCUGGUAGCCAUGCAACAUCUCACCUCGAUAUUUGGUCUGGCAAUAUUCACCGCAAUUUUAGGUCUACUCACCCUCUCACUGCAAUUGGAACGUCAGUUGGCGAAUUUUGAAAAUAUUUCGAGUAAUUUGAAAAUGCUACGACUCAUUACCUUUCAGAAUGCCUUACAACGAUUAAUUGCGCUGUUUGUCAACACUUUGCAGUUUGGUAUCUUCAUUAUGAUGUUGAUCAAAUUUAUUACGAUCCUUUGUAACAUCUAUGCCUUUUUGGAUUAUUAUGUGACCACAGAUCGGGUUUAUACCACCUUCAUUAUGUAUCUGGUCAGUGUAUCGUUGGAGUUGUAUUCAAUUAUCCUGAUGGCAUAUCUAUGCGAACGCAGUCAACGCAAAGUACGCGACUUGUUUUUGAAUCGUGAAGAGCAGUAUUUUUUGAAGGUAUUUCACAUGCCCAAAAUUUAUCAAAUGGUGGAAUCAAGUGUCCUGUGGCCUCAAAUCGAAAAAUUCUCAAUAUUAAAUUUAUUUAUUUUGCACAAUGAUUUUGCUUUAUUCCUAGUAGCUUAUUCCAUAAAUUUUCUAGUCAUUAUAUUGGAAUUUGAAAUUACCAAAGCCGGUAAACGGCUAUAA